UGGUUUCCGAUGUUGUGGGAGUUGCGUACAGCGGAGGGAGAGGAGGCAAAAGUGGUGGCGUUGGGGUGGCUGAGGGAAGGGUUAAUGCUAUUGGAGGAUGCUUUUGCCAAGUGUAGCAAAGGAAAGGAUUACUUCGGUGGAGAUAGCAUCGGAUACCUUGACAUAGCCUUUGGAAGCUUCUUGGGGUGGCUGAAGGUGGUGGAGAAGAUGGAGGAGUUGGAGUUUCUUGAUGGAACUAAGACACCGGGUCUGGUGGGAUGGGCUGAGAGGUUUUGCUCACAUGAGGCUGUGAAAGGUGCCUUCCCUGAAACAGAGAAGCUUUUGGAGAUAGCCAAAAUGUUGCAAGCCAAAGCUAAAGCUAAAGCUCAAGCUCAAGCUCAAUAAUCUUCCAAUUAAAAUUAGUCUAUGUUUUGGUCACUUUCACAAGUCAAUAAUUUGGGCAGCUUGUAUUGUCCAAGAUGAUCUUUUUUGCUUUCUUGUUUUCUUUUUGGUUGUUGGUAAGUAAUAGGAGUGUGUAUAGAUCGAUUUUGUUUGUAGAAGAAUGAUGAUUGAAAUGAAUGGGUUUGAU